AGAAGGUCAGAGGACGGAGAGUCGUGUAGAGGACAGGCAAUUGUACAGUCGCAGAGAGAGUCACGCGAGUCGGAAUAAAAGACUUUAACGUGGAGACAAAGAUUCUUUUUUUUAAUCAGUCACUUCACCUACCCCGGACUCGAGAAUCGAUAAUCCGACUAACGCGCAUCGAUAAAACACCAAAACAUAAAUUUGAGUGAAAUUAUUAUUUUCAGCUUCUGGAACAAUGUUGCGAAAAAGGAAAUUUCAAGAAGAUCCAGGCCUUAUUGUGUUAAGCAGCUUAUCACUUGCCAAACUUUAGAACAAGUUAAAAACGUACCAAUCAAACCAAUUUUUAGUUUAUUUUUUUCGUCAAAUGUAUUCAAUCUAGAAGAAAAUAUGGAGAAUUUACGAUCUACAAAAUAUGACAUCACCGUUUUGUAUAAUGAUAAUGUGAUUGUGAAUUCAGAUUCUGAUCCAUCCGAAUUUAUAGGAUGUAUGUUCAUCCCUGAAAAUAAGAAUAUCAGCGUAAAAACGUAUAUAUUGCCGUUCAACAGCGUAACACAAGAAGCACCAACCUAUCGGGAAAUUCUUAACACAAUCAUCAACUUUAAAACAUCUGUAAUUACACAUCAAACGGUUUUUCUUAUAUUUUAUGAUCAGAUGAAUUCUAUAAUGGGAAACGAAUGGCGAGAAGCUCUGUCGGAAAGCAGAGAAGAUAUUUCUAUAUUUGACGGAAGUAAAUAACAUACGUACAAAAAUAUGCCCACAAACUGACGCGUUCGAAGAAAACCAGGAAAGAGGGCCAGUUGGUAUAUUAAUCACUGGAGAUAUAAAAAUAUGGACCCUGCUUUUGGAAGAAAAUCACAAAACGAAGGAGCAAGUCAACGAGUGUUUCAAACUAUUUCAUGAACAAGUUCAAUUGAAAAAAAAUUCUGUGGCAUUCGUGUUUUCGUGCAAAAGAGAUAAAGACGUUAUAUCAAACAAACAAAAUGUGGAAUCAAAUCAUAUAUCGUACAAGAAACAGCCAAAAGAGAUAAUUAGCACAAUUAAUUACGAAACUUCAAAUCACGAGACAUGUUAUUUUGUUUGAUCUAACAAGUUUUUUCGCAGCAAAACGGUAGGCCACAACUAUACAAAAAAAGUAUAAUAUGUAUAUUUAAUUAAAGCAAUAAUACAUA